CUCAUAUCACCAUUCCAAAACAACAAAUACGAUCGUUACAACUAGAUCGCUGCGAAAUGCAGAGAAGAAGAAUGAGUGAUCAGCAUCUCGCAGACGGUGAGGUGAAGAAACAAAAAAUACCGCUAAAUAUCGAUAUCAACAUGCUGAAAAUCGGUUUCCUCGGCGGAGGAAAAAUGGCUCAGGCACUUGCUAAAGGUUUUAUACGAGCAGGUUUAAGCAAAGGCGAAAUGAUAUUGGCUAGCUGUCUUCCAAAUGAUACCGGCAGUAUUGAAACUUUUAAGAAAAUGGGAUCAAAUACUGUUUUUACGAAUAUACCUGUCAUCAAUCAUAGCGACGUGCUAAUCCUUUCGGUAAAACCUCAAGUUGUACCAAAAGUAUUAUCAGAGUUUAGGGUACACGACAACAAAAAAUUACUCCUUUCUAUCGCCAUGGGCAUUUCUUUGAAGUCACUAGAAAAGGCACUGCCAAAAGAAACGCCCGUGAUAAGAGUAAUGCCGAACACACCUGUAUUAGUUGGCUGCGGUGCUACGGUGUUUGCGCGUGGAAAAUACGCGAGUGACAAAAAUGCGGAGAUCGCAGAAAAACUAUUUUCCUCCGUAGGCAUCUGCGAAGAAGUCUCGGAAAAUUUCAUUGAUCCUGUAACUGCCUUGGCCGCUUCCGGUCCUGCCUAUAUAUAUAUGGUAAUCGAAGCAAUGGCCGAUGGUGGAGUUAAAAUGGGACUUACUAGGCCUAUUGCGUAUAAGCUUGCUGCACAAACUGUCUUAGGCGCUGGUACAAUGGUCCGCGAGACAAACCUUCAUCCAGGACAGCUCAAGGAUGACGUAACUUCACCAGCAGGCUCGACUAUAACUGCUAUUCAUCAAUUAGAGAAGCAUGGCUUAAGAUCGGCAUUAAUCAACGCUAUAGAGGCAGCAACACUUCGAUGUAAAGAAGUUAGUUUACAGAUCAACAAGAAUUAG